AUGGCCUCCGCCGGCACCGGUGGCUCCGUGCCGCCUCAACUCUUCUUAACUCCCCAGCAGCAGAGUCUCCUCUUUGCCGCCCUCGAGUCUGGCAAGAACCAGCCUCCGGCCUCCCAGAGUGCAAGCCGACUCAAUCUCUCGCCCGGCUCUUUCCAGGGGUCUCCCAUUCAGCAGAACGAUGUCCGGUCCGGUGCGUUGGAGCAGAGCCCCUACCUCGACUCCUACAACUACGAUGACCUGGGCGACAGCAGCUUUGACUUCUCCUACAUGGAUGAGCCUUCCAAGACGUCGGUAGACCGUGCCGACACCUCAAAGUCCGACUCUACGGACGCAGAUUUCAACGAGAAACGGAGUCACCCAGAGGACGAGGACGAUGAAGAAGGCGGCGACUUGAAGCGCCAUGAGUCGGACAAGGUUCCCAAGAAGCCCGGUCGUAAGCCUCUCAUGUCUGAGCCGAGCUCGAAGCGCAAGGCACAGAACCGCGCCGCCCAGCGGGCAUUCCGUGAGCGCAAAGAGAAACAUCUCAAGGACCUAGAGACCAAGGUAGAUGAGCUGGCAAAGGCUUCCGAGGCUGCAAAUAAUGAGAAUGCCAGGCUGCGCGCCCAGGUCGACCGGAUGACGACUGAGUUGAAGCACUACAAACAGAGGAUGUCUGCAUCUUCCAGCCAGAAUGCUACGGCCGCCGAAAAGGCGGCUUUUGGCAGCUCAGCGGUGAACCACCUCAACGACGUCAAUUUUCAAUUCAACUUCCCCAAGUUUGGUGUUCUCCCGGGCCCCCCUCAGCAGGACAAGCAGCAGAAGUCUCCCUCGCAGCCCGUGAGUCCCCAGCUGGCGCAGAGCCCCGCAAAGUCUCAGGCGAGUGGCGUGACGUCGAGAUCCCAGCCGCAGCCGCCACAACCGGAGGAUUUCGGCAAAUUCAACGGGCUCUACACUCCGUCCAUGACGAGCAGCUCGGCAAGGAAUGGAUCUGGAGGCAGCAUCGACUCGGUAAACUACAGUGCAGGUGGUGCGACGAGCUCACCCUCGUCAUCGUCGCACUCGAACACAGUCCCUAGCUCGUCGUGCGGCACCUCGCCCGAGCCCCUGAACCAAUCACCGUCUGGUGCCAAGCCCAUGGACACAAUGACGACGAUUGGCGAGGAGCACCCGUCCAUGUCAAACGAGCCGUUUGCACAAUUCGCCAACGUUGACUUCGGCAACAGCAAUAGCACCAACUUUGACUGGCUGGCUCAGCAGCACGGCGGUAACUUUGACCCGCAGCUCUUUACCGACUAUCGCGAGACGCAGGACCAGGUCCUGUCCAACAACCCAUCGUUUGAUGACUUCUUCAACGACGCUCUCGACGCCGACUUCUUCACACCGUACAACGUGGCAGCGAGCCCAAAUUUCGGCGCCACCGCGGCAGAUACGGCCCCUAAGAAGAGCCUCAUCGAGGAGAUUGAUGCGCAGAAGAACGACUACGAUGACAAGCUAGUCAUCAGCAAGGAAAAUGUCAACUGCGCCCAGCUAUGGUAUGUAACGCCGCUACCUACGCCGCCACCCUCGGGACCGGCGGCACCGGCACACCACCCGGCGACCGUCUCACUCACACCUGACUAUAGGGAAAGGCUGCAAUCGUGCCCCAAGUCGCAGAGCGGCGAGUUCGACCUCGACGGCCUGUGCUCUGAGCUCACCAAGAAGGCCAAGUGUUCUGGGACCGGACCCAUCGUUGCCGAGCAUGAUUUCGAUACGAUUCUCAAGAAGUACAUGGGCAAGGGCGCCACUUCUGACUGCGUGGCCAGCACACUAGGUGUCCAUGUCAAGCGAGAUGCCAGUAAGAAUUCUAGGGCUUGA